AAGGUGGCGCUGUGGCUGAUUUUGCGCACUUGAUUGGAAGAGGAACUUUAAAAACUUUCAGGUGUGACAGGUGACAUGCAUUCUGAUGCCGCUGCGAAGUCCUCUCAGUGACUAGUGCAGAAAACACUGGACGAACUUUACAGGAUGAAACUGGAAAAGGAAGGACAUGAGAAGAGCAGUAACAAACAAGAGAGAAGUGAGAAGUCCAAGUCCAAGCAUUCCUCUAAAGACCGGGGAAAAGACUCGGAGCUGAACGGCAAGCACAAACAUUCCUCGAAGAAGAAACCGUCAGACUCGGAGGAAGGCCAGCAGGAGUCUGGAGUCUCCAGCAGCCAAGAAGUUAAACAUGAAGCAGGAGAUGCUGACAUGGAUGUGGAUGCAACAGCAGAUCCGGAUGAAAGAACUCAUCAUGAUGGACAGAAGAAGUCGGAGGACGACACCACACAGAAGAUUCGGUCCAAAAGCAGCAAAGAGCGUCUCAAUCAGAAGGAGAAGAAAGAUCUGAACCAUGCGGAGGAGAACCUCAAGAAGGAGACGGAUAAAGGCUCCAGUCAGGAGAUGGACGGAGAAGAGAAGAUGAUGAUGAAGAAGAAGAGAGUCAAGGAUGAAGAGCAAGAGAAACCCCAACAGAAGAAGAAGAAAAGAAAAGAGCAAAGUUCUGACCACGACAAACCCGAGAAGAAGAAGAAGAUCAAGAAGGAAGAAGACGACGGCGAGGAGCCGAAGAAGAUCAAGAAGGAAGAAGACGACGGCGAGGAGCCGAAGAAGAAGAUCAAGAAGGAAGAAGAUGACGGCGAGGAGCCGAAGAAGAAGAAGAAGAAGAUCAAGAAGGAAGGAGACGACAGCGAGGAGCCGAAGAAGAAGCGGGGCAAGAAAGAGGACAAGAAAGACGAGGAGUCCGAGAAGUGGAAGUGGUGGGAAGAGAGCAAGCUCUCGGACACUCAGAAGUGGACCCAUCUGGAGCACAGAGGGCCGUAUUUCGCUCCAGAAUAUGAACCGCUGCCCGAUAACGUGCCCUUUUACUACGAUGGGCAGCCGUUUAAACUGAGUCCAGCGACGGAGGAAAUCGCCACUUUCUACGCCAAGAUGCUGGACCACGAGUACACCAGCAAAGAGACGUUUCAGAACAACUUCUUCACUGACUGGCAGGAGGAAAUGACCAGCGAGGAGAGGGAGCGGAUCGAGACGCUCUCCAAGUGUGACUUCAGCCACAUGCACAAGUACUUUAUGGAGAAGGCGGAGGAGCGCAGGAACAAGACGAAGGAGGAGAAGCUGGUCCUGAAGGAGGAGGCCAACCGUCUGGUGGAGGAGUACGGCUUCUGUUUGCUGGACGGACACCGCGAGAAGAUCGGGAACUUCAAGCUGGAGCCGCCGGGUCUGUUCCGCGGGCGCGGAGAACACCCGAAGAUGGGCAAACUGAAGAAGCGCAUCCAGCCGGAGCACGUGGCCAUCAACUGCAGCCAAGACUCUAAGAUCCCAGAAGCCCCUGCAGGACACCAGUGGAAGCGCGUCCAGCACGACAACACGGUCACAUGGCUGGCGUCGUGGCUCGAGAACAUCCACGGGCACCCCAAAUACAUCAUGCUGAACCCCAGCUCCAAACUCAAGGGCGAGAAGGACUGGCAGAAGUACGAGACGGCGCGUAAGCUGAAGGUGUGUGUGAAGGCCAUCAGGAAGCAGUACAAACGCGACUGGACGUCCCGAGAGAUGAAGAGCAGACAGAGAGGAGUCGCCAUCUACUUCAUCGAUAAGCUGGCCCUGCGUGCGGGGAACGAGAAGGACGAUGAGUCUGCGGAUACGGUGGGCUGCUGUUCCCUGCGUGUGGAGCACAUCAAGCUUCACCGGCGCCUCGACGGACUCGAAAACGUCGUGGAGUUCGACUUCCUGGGGAAAGACUCCAUUCGCUACUACAACAAAAUGCCGGUGGAGAAACAGGUUUUCAAGAACCUGAAGCUGUUCAUAAAGCACAAGGAUCCAGAAGAUGAUUUAUUUGACCGAAUUACAACGGUCAACCUCAACAAAGCCCUGAACGAGUGCAUGACGGGACUGACGGCCAAAGUGUUUCGAACCUUCAACGCCUCGACCACACUGCAGGAUCAGCUCAACAAGCUCACCACAGAGGACAUGACGCUGGAGGAGAAGAUCCUGUCGUAUAACCGAGCGAACCGAGCUGUGGCGAUCCUCUGUAACCACCAGAGGGCGUUGCCCAAGACCUUCGAGAAGUCCAUGCAGCUUCUGCAGGAGAAGAUCCAAAAGAAAAAGGAACAAAUUGAAGAGGCCAAGAAGGAGCUGAAGGAAGCGAAGCGAGCGCAUAAAGACGAUCCGUCUGACAAAAACAAGAAGCUGGUGGAGAAGAAGGAGAAGCUGGUCCAGAGACUGUCUGAUCAGUUGAAGAAGCUCCAACUCCAGGAAACGGAUCGAGAGGAAAACAAGGUCAUCGCUCUGGGAACGUCUAAACUAAACUAUCUGGACCCGCGCAUCACUGUGGCCUGGUGUAAGAAACACAACGUCCCCGUUGAAAAGAUCUACAAUAAGACCCAGCGGGACAAGUUCACCUGGGCCAUCCACAUGACGGACGAGACCUUCCAGUUUUGAUCCGGGUAUUAUCUGGCUGGGUUUGAGUUGAUCUGUUGUGUAACACUGAUGAUGAUGAUGAUAACAAUAAAACAUCUAGUUUGAUCAGUGGUUGGUGUGUGAUUGACAGUGUGUCCGCUGUGGAGUCUCGAGGGAUGGGCGAGUGUCUCACGAUCCGCUGUUUCUCGCGGUGUCGUCAGCGAGACUGCAGUGGGAUCAGGCCCGGAUUAGGCUUCGCUCCGAGAGGGAACGGCCAGGAAUAAUA